UAACUUGUCUGCUUGACGAAAAUAACAUGGGUGCUGGAGCUAGUAAGAAAAAGGUCAAGGAACCAAAAACUCCAUCAAGAUUAGCACCAACUGGAGGUCAAAACAGAUCAAGAGCAUCAUCAUUAACCCCAUCAACAGGAACCAAUGCAGCUAGACCAAGAUCUAGGUCAAGAUCUCCGAGUAUAAAUCCUACUAAACUAGAGACAAAAGAUUUAAUGAUCAGUUAUAGCCAUGCUGAUAAAGAAUUCAUGAAUAAACUAAAAGACAAUUUAGAAUUGAAUGGAAUAACAGUAUGGGUAGACGUCAUAGGUUUGACAGCAGGAGUAGAUUUCCUACAGAAGAUUGGACAAGCCAUUCUAGAUGCUAAGCUUUUUAUAACUUUACUGAGCUCAAAUUCUGUUAAAUCAAAAUACUGUCAAGAUGAAGUAGCCUUAGCCUACAUUUCCCAGAAGGCAUUAUUUCCAGUUGCAAUAGAAUCAAGGGAGACUAUUCAAGAGCAAAUGGACACAGGAAUGAAAUUACAAACAGCCAGCAUUGAAUGGAGUAUGUUUGUAGACCCUGAUAAUUUUACCGGUGAUUUUCAAAAACUUCUGUCAAAACUCAAGCUAGAACUUAAAGACCAGGGUGAAGAGAAGAAUAGCAAAAAGAGGUUGAAGAAACAGCAGAAUUCCUUUUCUAAUUCUAUGAAACAGGAGAAGCCAGACAAACAUUUGGUGGAGAACCCAUACAAAUACUGGUCAGAUUUGUACAAAGAUGCUGAAAUGAUACCAUGGCAAAGAUUUAUAACAGACUUUACAAGAAUAUUUCAAUCCAAGAUGGAUGCUUUAUUUACUGGAGAAGACAAAGAAUGGUUAAUGGCCAAUCUAUACAGUGAAAUGGAAGAUGAAGAUGAAGAUGAUGAAAUGUUACUCAAAGAAAACUUUAUAAACUUUUGUAAAGUAGAUGAAGAAAUACAGCCGUUAUGGCCCAGAGUUGAAGAUCAUACCAGAGAACUGUAUGCAAUGAGAGAAGUAUUUGAUAUGGAUUCCUCUGUUAGGCUUGAAGCUAUUCAAAAUUUAGGAAAAUUCCAAAGCACAACUGUGAUUAAUGCCCUAAGAGAUUUACUUAGAAGUACAUCCUCUAAUGUUCGUGCUGUAGCAGCUGUUUCAUUGGUUAAAACUGGUGACAAAGAUCCAUCAACAGUUGACAAUUUAAUGAAAUGUCUGAAUGAUAAGGAUCGUUUAGUUAGAGAGGCAGGAUGCUUGGCAUUAGGUCAACUUCAUGCCAAAAAAGCAGUACCCAAACUUUUACAUUUAUGGAGAAAUGAUUUUAUUUCCCAUGUUAGAGAAGCAGCCCAGGCUUCCCUGGAACAGAUAGGUGGUAAAGAGGUAGAGGAAGCUAUGCACAUAACAAAGGUGUUAGCUGAAGAAAUAAGAAUGCUGACAGCCGAAUAAAACAUUACAUAGGUCUUAGCUGAAGAAAUUAGAAUGCUCAAAUAGCCAAUAAAAAAAAUCAAUGUGUACUAGUAGUCGCAGAUGUAACUAAAAUACCCAGGCCUUGCAGUGAUACAUAAUGUUGACAUAUGUGCAUCUUAUUUAGUUAUCUAGUAACAUCAAAAGAUUAGAAUUUUGUUCUAAAUGUAAAAGCUGUUAAGUUUACUCUUUAUGCAUCUUACUAUUGGCUUUGGUUAGUAUGCACUUGUAGCUGGUGUUAGGUUGUCUCCCAUGCAUUGCACACUCUUUGGUAAUGUGACUUAAUUGUGGUGACAUCUACACUUGUGCAGAUAUUCUAACUUUAAAAAACUUGAUGAUUUUGAUUAUUUUUACAAUUCAAGCAGGGAAAAAAAUUAGAACUUUAUUGUUCAUUUGUUACAACUUACAUGUAUAUUUUGCCUAUCUCUGUGCCAGCUUGGCAAUGACUGCCUAUAGAGGGUGCAAAAUUAUUACAGUAAAGAGUGAAUUUGAUAAAAACAUAUAACAUAAGUAGACUUUUUUUUACACAUUUAUUUUCUUUUUGCAUCUUCCAACAGAUGAAAUACAUACAUGUACCUUUUACUUAAAUUUUGUUUAUUUAAAGAAGAAAAAUUUCAUGCAAUGGCCGUAUUUGGUGCUUAUAUAAUCAAAAGUUAGUUUUUAUACGACCGCAAAUUUUGAAAAAAAUUUUGUCGUAUAUUGCUAUCACGUUGGCGUCGUCGUCGUUGUCGUCGUCGUCGUCGUCGUCCGAAUACUUUUAGUCUUCGCACUCUAACUUAAGUAAAAGUGAAUAGAAAUCUAUGAAAUUUUAACACAAGGUUUAUGACCAUAAAAGGAAGGUUGGUAUUGAUUUUGGGAGUUUUGGUCCCAACAUU